CCACGUGACUAGGACCGCGAGUCCCACCCCUCCCCCUCCUCCCCGCCCCCCGCCCUCCAGCCCCUCGGCUCCCAGGCCCCAGCCUGGACCCACGUGAGUCGCUCAGCCGCCCAAACCGCCUCCCAAGUCAGGUGGUCUUGCCUUGCCCCGCCCUCGUCAUCAAGAUGGUGGCGCCCAGCUGUCCCGCGCGGCCCCUCUGGGUUUGGGGCUCCGGGCAGCGUGUGGGGAGUCUCCUCUCUCUCCUCUUUAAGCCAUUUUGUACCGCAGCUGCUGCCUCUAGGCCUCUGGAUGCCCAGCAGUUAGCGGAGAGGCUCCGAGCCCAGAAACAGGAACAAAAGAACAAGGGGCCGGUGCCCACAAACUCCGUCCAGCGGAGAGUGCAAGAACUAGUGCGGUUCACACAGCAGCUGCAGCGAGUCCACCCCAACGUGCUCGCUAAGGCACUGAGGCGAGGGAUUGUCCAUCAGGACCAGGAUCUUGUGGUCAUCAAUAAACCCUAUGGCCUUCCCGUGCAUGGUGGCCCUGGGGUCCAGCUCUGCAUCAGUGAUGUACUACCUGUCCUGGCAAAGAUGCUUCACGGCCACAAGGCAGAGCCCCUGCAUCUGUGCCACCGGCUGGACAAGGAAACCACAGGCGUGAUGGUGUUGGCUUGGGAGAAGGAAGUGGCGCACCAAGUCCAAGAGCUGUUCAGAACCCGUCAGGUGACAAAGAAGUACUGGGCUGUCACCGUGCGUGUCCCGGUGCCCGCGGCAGGAGUCGUGGAUAUCCCCAUCAUCGAGAAGGAGGUGUCAGGACAGCAGCAGCACCAUAAGAUGACGCUGUCCCCGAGCUACCGCAUGGACAACGGGAAGAUGGUGAGAGUGCGGACUAGCCGGAACGCACACGUGGCUGUGACUCAGUACCAGGUGCUGAGCAGCACGGCCUCCUCCGCCCUCUUGGAGCUCCAGCCUAUUACUGGGAUAAAACAUCAGCUUCGAGUUCACCUGUCCUUUGGGCUGGACUGCCCCAUCCUUGGCGACCACAAGUACUCCGACUGGACCAGGCUGGCCCCCCAGAAGCUGCCUGCCAGCACUCUGAAGAAGCUGGGCCUGCCGCAGGCCAAGGCCCGCCACGUCCCUCUGCACCUGCACGCCCGCCAGCUGGUCCUGCCUGCCCUGGGGCCCCGGAAGGAGGAGCUCAGCUUGGUCUGCAGGCUUCCUCGCUACUUCGUUCGCUCCCUGGGCCGUCUGGGCCUGGAGGUGCCAAGUCGGGAUCAGGUCCCGGACGAUGGGGCUGGGCGUCCGGGACCACAGUGAAGGCUGCGGGGCAGCGAGGAGUCUUCGCUCUGUCGGUUGACCCCCCCGCCUUGGGGCAGACUCCGGAGAGCCAGGUGAGGAGCUGAAGAAGUCCGGUGGCCCCGGGCUGUUCCUGGAAACUGAAGUCUGUUAUUUGUUGAUACUCGAGCCACACUCUGGAAAAACCUGUGGGAAGUCUCCCAGCCUUGGGUUCAUCUUGCCAAGCUGGGAGAGAGCCCAGGUCCAGGCAGCGUGGGUCAGAAACUGGAAAAAAAAGAGAACCGCAGCAGAGACUCUAGGACGGGCCAUCUUCCUGCAGCAAUAAAGUUCUCCGUCUGUCGGGAGGGGUCCUGUGGUGGGAAAGAGCGUGGUGGUGAUCUGACUCUCGGGGAGACUCGGAAGCCGUCAGUCCCUCUCCUCAUGGAGCUGCAGCGUCUGAGUAAACCCUUUCUCCUCCACGCUCCUCUCAGGUCUUGUAGACAUGCAGGUCAGAAUUGGGGGACACCCUCCGCACCAGCACAGGAGCCCUGCCGCGCUGCUGGUUGCGGGGCCCGUGAAGGGUGCUCGGUAGCGAGGGAGUCAGGCGGGCAUCACAGGCUGGGUGUGAGGUUUGAGAGGAGCACACACGGCCGUCUGAAGUGGGCACUUGCCAGCUCCAUCUGGGCAUUGCUGUGUGGGAGCAGCUACUCUGAUUGUUCUUCAGUCAGGAAGUUGGGGUAUUUAUGUGAAAUUUCCCAGUGUGUUUUGAACUAAAUCAGUUUUCAAAAAAUCAGUUAGGUACCCAAGCAAGUCAUGCUGGAUUUGGUCUGCAGGCUGCCUGUUUGCAGUCUGUUUAAAGAGUGGAGCAGAAGUCUGGGGAAAGGUGCCGUCUAGAAGGUUCUGGAUCAGGCCCUGGCGGGGUAGGUCAGUUGGUUAGAGCAUCGUCCCAACACACCGAGGUUGGGGAUUGAAUCCCCGGUCAGGGCACGGAUGGGAAUCAACCAGUGGGCGCAUAAAUAAGUGGAACAGCAAACCAGUGACUCUCUCCCCUCCCCCCUCCCUCUCCCAGUCAGUAAAAAAGUAAAGUUCUGAAUGAGGGGUUGGUGUUUCUGCUGCAUGUCCUUUCUGGACUGGGGCCUAGCUUUGCUUAAUCUAUAAGUGGGGGGCGCUGCCAUGAUCUAAAGCCGCCUUGUUUUGGAGGCGAGCCUCCUGCCGUUGGGUCUCAGGAAGGAGGUGGCCAUGCUGGACAGCAGUGGGGAUGGAGACGAUCCUGGCCUCCCUGCUCAGCUGUCCUGCCCGCUCCCCUCCUGUUUCUUGCGACCAGGAGGUGCACUUUACUCUGGGCUGACCUGAGAAAAGCUGGAGGGAGAGCAGCUGGGGAAAAGCCCAAGGGCAGCCUUUCUGUGCUCCCCACUGGCCACACAGCUUUGUAAGCCCCGGCCCGGCCCCAUUGCUGUUGCAGUGCAUGAUGGGUUCACCUCCCAAAGCACAGGUGCAUGCCCGCAUUUGUGUGCGCGAGACUUAAACAUUGUGGCCAUUGUUUCUACUUCUAGUAAACCGUGCCUCUCCAGAUAAAGGUGCAAGCACGUGACACUUAGAAAAUAGUGAUGACUGACUUGGAUUUAGGGAGACAAAUGGCCAAGAGGACCCCUGGCCUUAUCUAUGUUAGGAGAGACCCCAGACACCCAGGGAGCAACCUCAAAGGGCCCAGGCAGCCGGCUGCUUGUACACAAAUGUGCUCGCGGUGCCCAGAGCCACGGUGGGGGCUGAGGAGUGAGGAUGCCUCUGCCUUUUCCUGAGUUUCUUGGCCUUGCUGGGUGUAGCAGCUGUGUUCAGUCGUUGAGAACAUCUGAGAGAACUCCCAUCCCCAUUGGUGUGGCCUGGGAGGCUGGGGGUACACAGCAAGGGAGGCGGGCCCGUGCCCGAGGGAAAUGCUGACCAGAGCCAGCAAAAAGCCUGGAUUUGCCAUGAAGUCGUGUAAUCAGUAUGAGGAGAUGGUUUUCAUUCUUUCUUUCAAGUCCUACAUGAACAUGAUUUU